CUCAAAGCAACGACUCCAACUCUCCAAACUUUGUUAGCUUAUUAGUUGUUGGCCAAUCCAUUCAUACAAAACACCAAACUCCAUUGUUCUAUCUCUCUAACCAACCAUAUUGUACAUUUUAGAAAGAAGGGAAAAAAAAAAAAAAAAAAAAAAAACCUAAUUUUAUUUUUAUUUAUUCCUUUUUUUUUAAAAACUCCAAAUUAGGAGAAAACUUCUAUGCGUUACAGUCUCUUAUACCUUCCCUCUCAUAUACAUACACACACCUAUUGGUGACGAACCCAUUUUUCUAUAUCCCCAUCUCCCUUGUAAUGCAAGAGAAGAAGGAGAAGAAGAUCAAGAUCAAAAACCAAACAAUUCCAAUGGAGAAAACUUUCAAGAUUAUGAGAAAAUCAAUCUACACUUUCCUUCAGAACUACCACCAUUUCACAACUCUAGCAGCUCUUCUAGCUCUGCCUUUCUCUGCUUCAAUCCUCCUUUCACAAGCUUUUCUGCCUUCUUCUUCAUCUUCUCUCAUCCCCACCAUAUACAGUCGCCUCCAAAACCUCUUCGAUGCAGCUGGUUUCCCACCAUCUUCAGAAUUCUUCACUAUUCUCAAUCUGAAACUCUCCCAGACAAUCUCUUCCUCCAUUUUCACAUUCCCUUUCACUCUCACUUUCCUCCUCAUAUCCAAAGCCUUUGUCAUCCAAUUCUUCAAUAACACCCAAAAAAGACAACCUCUUUCACAAUCCUUUUUCUCAACCAUUGCUCUUUACAACCCACUUCUCGUUACCUAUAUCUGCAACUCAAUCUUGAUCCUCUCAGCAAAUGCAACGGUUUUCACAGUCCUUUUCUUUGCAUUCAAUGUUCUUGAUGGGUUUGGAUUCUAUUCAUCAAACAGCCUUCUCUUCCUCUCAGCAGCUGCUGCUGUUCUAUAUUCCAUAGUCCUUGCAAAUGCUCUGAUAAUUGGCAAUUUGGCACUGGUUUUGUCUGGGAUGGAGAGGUCUGGUGGGUACAUGGCAAUUCUCAAAGCAUGUGUUAUGAUUAGGGGAAGGACUUCAACUGCUUUGUCUUUGGCUCUGCCUUUGAAUUUUGGUUUGGCUGCCAUUGAGGCAUUGUUCCAAUUCAGGGUUGUCAGAGCUUUCAAUGUUGAUGGGAAAUUUGGGCCUUCGAUGGUUUUUGAAGGUGUUUUCAUUGCCUAUUUGUAUUCAAUUGUGGUUGUUCUUGAUACAGUUGUGAGCUGCUUGUUCUUCAAAAGCUGCAAGGUUGGUUCUUUGAUGGAGGAUCAAGAAGGAGACCUACCAAGGCAAAUUCCUCGUCUCCAAACAAACAAGAUCCAAAAUUGGUAUAGGACCUCAAAAGGAAGCAAAUAGUAUAAAGAAAAUUGUACACAAUGUAGUUUCUUCUUCUUCUUCUUCUUCUUCUUCUUCUUCUUCUUCUUCUUCUUCCUCUUUUUUUAUUUUUUAUUUUAUUUUUUUAUUUUUUUUGUCAAUUAGAUUGGCAUCCUUUGUAGUGUUCAUGAUAUAUUCAUAAGCUCUUUGAAUUA